AUACUAAUUGAUGAUCUUUAUGAUACUGACUUUCAUAAUACUCCUACUUCUGAGUUUCAGGACAUUUUACAAGUUUCUGAUGAUAAUGCGGCCACAAGUACUGCUACUACAAGUAAUAGUAAUAUCACGUUCAAUAUUCCUGUUACUUCUGUUACUCCUAUUAUUUCAAAUAAAAAAAAAAAAUUUAAAUCUAAAUCCCCUGCUUUACUAUAUUUUUCACAAAAAACUAUUGACAAUAAGAUA